UUUUUAUUUGUUUGCAGUCCUAACUUUUGGGUCUCAUACGGGAGUGACUCAAGCUCCUUUGGAUGUUGCACUGUAAAAAAGUUUAUACUGAUGGUACCUUCUAUGACCUAUGAGAAACUCUUUUAGUUGGUAACUUUCGUGCAACUUUCUGACAAAGCAGUUUGCUGCAGCUUAUUUUGAUAAAAUUUCUUAUUGUCCUACCACACAAACUCCCAUUGAUAGUUCAUAAUGGACAUUAGUAAACAAUCGCCGGCUUUUAUAAGAAAUUUAUGCAGAACCUGCAUGAGUGCCAGUGCUAAUAUUGAUGUUGCCAGAAACACUACCAUAUUCAAACAAUAUUUGCACGAAAAACCCACAGCGGGUAAAGUAACACCAUUGACAUUACAUCAACUGCUGCAGUCUAUACGUCCAGACAUCUAUACACACAAGGAAGAUAAAUUGCCACAAGUGAUGUGUCUACGAUGUAUCGAUCAAUUGCAGGCCGUACAUGAAUACAUUAAAAUGUGUCAAAAUUCUGAAAGAGAGUUUCGUAAGCUGCUUUUGGAGCCAGACGAAAGAACUCCACCGCGUGUGGAAGAAACUAUAACAGAUAGUUCACCGACAGUUGCUAAUGAGGAAUAUCAAACAAUAACUGUGAAAGAUGAAAACAUGGAUGUAUAUGAGAGCUACGAAAUAAAUAUCGGAAAUAAUCAAGAUCAGGAAACAACACAAUCGACUUCAAAUACAGACAUGUUGCCGCACACAAGCAGCGCCGAUAUGAUUGGAUUUCAUACGUCUUAUGGUAGAAGUGAUGAAAGCCAAGAUGAUGAUGAAUGGACCCCCUUGGCUAAAAGAAAACGAAAGUGUACUGAUAACAACAAAUCGCUUAGAGGCGACUCCCCCUUAGUUAAGACAAAUCAACAAAAAUCAAAUAUCCUAGAUGAUCAUCCUGCCAGAACAAAUGAAGAUGGCAAAAUACCAUGUCAACAAUGUGGUGAUGCUUUUGAUAGUGUAUCACUUUGGAAUGAACACAUAUUGCAGUGUGGAACAGAUACUACUGCAAAUGCUAGCAAAUCUCGAAGCUCAUUGGCCCAUUCUUAUAAAUAUCCACCCGAUCAAAUUGUCUCAGCAAUAUCUACAGGCAAUGAAAACUUUACUACUAAAGAGGAAUUACAAGAAUUUUUGGAAAAUAAUUUCCAACUCAUUAUGAGAAGUUUUAGGGCGAAACGGAAAUUAUCAAAUAUAGAAAGAGUUAAAAUAAGUAAAGGUAUAAUCCAGUAUUUGCUGACAAACCCUGAGCGACUUUUAAAUACCAAAGAAUUAGAACAUAUUAGUACACUUAUUUCGGAGGUAUUUGUUGGAGAACUUCCGUCAACGUAUUAUCGGCGGUAUACCCAAGGUCGACAUGCCAGUGGAAAAUUACACGAUGCUUAUAAUAAUUAUCGAACGUUUUUAGCCAAGUCGGGUAUUAUUCAAAGACGAACUAAAUCAAGGUUUGCAGCGAGUUCCGAAAGUGAAGCCGAUAUAGACCAAGUUUCCCAAGAUGCUAACAUCACCGAGUUGACUAAAUUUAUGGAAGGAGCUGGACAAUUAAUGGAUAAUGAAGUUGUAAAUCCCCAAGAUAUAUUGGAAUCUUGGCGACACACAUUUUCACGACGGCGACAAGAAUUAAAAGCCGCAAAAACACCGGAACUCUACCUGAAAAAGUAUCCAGUACUUUUACAACCAAAGGGACAUCAGUUGUACUUACUGGAUGCUGAAAUGCUUAUAAGGAAACCACUUUCAUUUGAAGUGCCAUCAGCAUUUGUGUCAAGCAUAAGUGGCCUCGUUAAGACCAAACAUGAUUCCGUAGUGGCCAUUUUGAAAUUAAUAGAAGAUGAAGAAUGCAAAAUGAAAAGAACAGUGAUAGCUUUUAUGUUGCUGCCCUAUAUGUUUCCACCACCCAUAGUUACCUCGGAAAAUGCUUUGGUGAAAAUGACUAAAGCAGAAUGUAUGGAGUCAUUUAUAAAUCACUAUCCGGAUAUCGAAACGGCUGAAGCUGCUGUUACCAAACUUUUAGCAAAACAAACUGAACUGAAGCCUUUUAUGGUUUUCAUUGGAUCUCCCAUAAAGAUCUCCUGGCUUGUUAUGGGUUCCACGAAGUAUUGCUUCGAGGACCUAAAUUCCUGCAUCAAACACGCCAUGGCCGCUUAUCUCGCUCUAAAUAUCACUUAUCCUUUUGCUUCGCAGAAACCCUGGUUUUUGUUGCAGAAAUACAUUUUUAAAGUUUCACUGCCCUCGGACCAUAUGUUGGAUAACAAAGUCAAAACAGUUGCCAAUGAUUUAAAUUUAAUUGCAAGAUAGUUGGGGUGGAGCAUGUUUAGCUAAGUUUUUUGAGCAAUAAUAUAAUGAUAUUUAAUUAAGAAUAAAAGAAAUUUAUUUAAAAUAAA